AUGGAAAACAACAUCGAGCAUGAUGAAAAGACGAAGCAAACAAUAGCGACGUCAACAGAUGCAACCUCAACGCCCCAAAACGAUGCGGCAGUUGAAUCGUCUCUCACAUAUCCAGAAGGAGGAUUGAGUGGAUGGUGUGUUGUUUUGGGCUCGUUCUGCGCCAUGUUGUCGGUGUUCGGAUUACCCAAUACAGCAGCAGUGUUCGAGUCGUACUUCUCUCAAAACCAGCUGCGGGACUACUCGCCAUCUCAAAUUGGCUGGAUAUUCUCCAUCUAUCUGUUUGUUGUUUAUCUCUUUGGGAUCUUGGUGGGGCCAGCAUUUGACAAAUAUGGACAUCGAGUGUUGGUUGCCGUGGGCAGCGUCAUUAUGGUGGCCAGUCUUGUGGUUCUCAGCUUUUGUUCAGCAUAUUAUCAAAUCAUCCUCACUUUCUCCGUCAUGGCUGGCCUUGGAGGCUCACUUCUCAACACGCCGUCUUAUGCCGUUAUCGGACAUUGGUUUAACACACGACGAGGACUGGCUAUGGGUCUCGCAGCUACAGGGGGCUCAUUCGGAGGCAUAGUCCUUCCGUUUGUACUGCAAGCAGCCAUUCCGAAGUUCGGCUUCGCGUGGAGCAUGCGCCUCCUUGGGUUAGUAUACCUCAUUUUCGCCAUUCCCUCCAAUCUCUUUAUGAGAACUCGUCUGCCGCCUAGCGAAAAUUUCAAUUCCAUCUGGCCAGACAUACGCUUGUUCCGGGAACCGAAAUUCGUCUUCUGCUGCGGAGGGAUCUUCUUUAUGGAGUACGGUGUCCUCAUACCACUUACAUACAUCAUCUCGUUCUCUGUUAGCAAAGGGCAAGACGCAAGCACGAGUUACUUGUUACCUAUACUGCUAAACGCUGGCAGCGUUAUUGGGCGUGCCGCUCCCGGAUACAUUGCUGAUUGGAUCGGACGCUUCAACACGAUCAUCAUCACUGUCGGAUUAUGCAUGAUUUCGGUUCUCGGCAUUUGGUUACCUGCAGGAAGUUCGUGGCCAACCUUGUUAGCCUUCACUUUCAUCUUUGGGUUCGCGAGUGGCGGUAAUGUGAGUCUUAUCCCCGCUUGCAUCGGACAACUUUGCGACUCUCGAGAUUAUGGCCGAUUUCUGUCAACAGCGAUGCUGUCAGCCAGUUUUGGAACCUUGACAGGUAUCCCGCUUGGUGGACUACUACUUGGGAUCAAAGACCAACAAACUGGCUGGACAGCUCUGAUUCUGUUUUCCGGGGCGUCCUAUCUUGUCUCACUUGCUUGUUACAUUAUAGCAAGAGGUUUGGCAGUGGGAUGGAAACCGCAGGCAGUGUAUUAG